GACAAGUCUCAACCCAAGAAUGUUGCAAAAAGCGAAUGGUGAAUUCCCUUUAUUAUUAUUAUCAUCAUCAUCAUUAUCAUCUUGUCCAUAUCCUCCGGGUAAGCACAGUCAAGUUCUUCCAUCCUAGAAUGAGGCUACCCUGCAGCCUUCCUCUGACUGAUCCUUCGCGGUGCCUGACAUGCGCCUCCGUGCCGAGGAGCUGUAUCAAUCCUUUUUCCCUUUUUGUCUGAUCAUAUGGUGUCGACGGGACUCUCUACCAGUCAUGCCAGAUUGAGAGUCUUGGUACCUUGCGUGCGGGAUAAUCGGAAGGGGUUGAACACGAGCACCUCUCGAAGCAUGAUUGAGAACAGCAAAGCAUUUCAGCUGCCCAGACAGCCCGAACAAAGCUGCCUAUUCAUCCAUCCAAUCUGCGACCUUCACACUUCACCCAUGCCCUCCGGAAGUGCGCGGUGCCCAAGUCCGGCAACCUUGGCAAUCCAAAAGAGAUAUGGGAGUCUUGGGUUUUAAGCGAGCCGCAUCGUUCAACCAGGCAAAGCUCGUCUAAAGUCUCCCAACUCAUCAUCGCGAAUAUCGACCUAGACAUUUUCGACUCAGCCUCGAACCAUGCUCAGAGAGCCUGGACAGGUCUUAGCUCCAUAUGAUGGCUGUAUCGUUGGGGUCUGGGAAGCCCUCGCGAAGCUCGUGUGGAUAUCAAUGGUUUCAGGCUAUCUCUGUCCCCAGAUUUAUAAUCGCCCUUCCCCCAGCUGUGCCAUGCUAGGCUUUCUGCUUUCAGUGAGAAAGAGCCUCCAUCCUUCCUCUAUUCACUAUGAGCACCUGGACUACAUUACCCCGGUCGUGGAAGUUGGAGGAUGUUCAAGCAGCCUUGAAUGUCAUCGUCACAGCUCUAAGCGGCAUCACCAUAUUUGUAUUCACACGCUGCUACUGGUCACUCAGUGCACGAGUGGCUGCAAAGGGAAGGGCUGUGCCAGUAUCGUCCCUUCUCAGCUUAAACACACCUGGCGAGGCCAUCGAUGUUCUCUUACUACUGAAAUCUCAUGUCUUCCAACAUUGGAAUAUUGUUGCUCAAAGUCUAAUUGUUAUUGCUCUCUCAAUCACAACUAUCCUGUCCGGUCCAAUCGCGAAAUACUCAACCAGACUGACCCAUGUCGUGGUCCAAACGGAGGUCAAUGGACUUCUGGCUGGGAGAACAGAUAACAGCAUUCCAGACUCUCAAGUGGCAUGGAAUUUGACUCUAACAAGUCUCGAACGCGCCGACUUCCCCAUCGACGAACUUCUGGACUAUCUCCCAGACACUUCGGAUUUAUGGGUUUACCGUCCUGACGAGUGGAACAACAGUUGGAGUAUGACCUGCAAGCCCACCGAGUCAAAGCCUGUAAGCCUCCAUCUCACGUCGACAUGUGACACUUUCGUCGGUAAAUUUGGUGGUGCAAUAGAAGAUGAAAUCCUUCCGGCAUGUCUGCCCAGUGACUACUGCUAUUACGACAACGCAGACUUCUACACCAACGCAACACUGAUCAAGGACCUGCUCAUUUGUAUGUAUGCGGCAAACUACUCAGACUGGGAUGAAGCCAGCGGCAGCUUCGGUACAUAUCGCACGCUGGACAUGUCUCUGGCAACUUUGCAUCUUCACAACGCCCCGAAGAAUGACUCUGAUGACAAUGCCCCGUGUCGGUUUGGUGAGGGGCCUGUGGGCUCCGCUUCAUAUACACGAGUCGACUGUACUGUCAGGCUCACCAAUGAUCGCAUUGAGGAUGGCACAUGGAUUGCAUUUCCCGACAUUGGAGACGUUUUCAACAUCCCUUUCGCAAUGAUCGGCAACUACUUCACACGCUUCAAGCAGGAGUCAAUGGCAGACGAUGAGAUUACCGUGAUUAGCCCAAGAGAUUUGCAACGAUUCUAUCAGACAUACAUGGUUACGAAGGACACUCAACUCAAGCGGCCGGUCAACCGCAAGCUAAGCGUUAGAGUUGUUGCUGUGCAGCUGUCCAACGGGUUUAUCGCCGCCUUUGGCGUUCUUGCUCUCUUCAUUUGUCUCGGCGGGGCAGCAUAUGCUCUCCUGCUUUUCAGAAAUCGAGGAGCCAUGGACUCCUUACCGCAGUCAAAGCUUGAUUGGUUGUUGGCAUUCAUCAUGUCAAGGUCCCCAAACCCCAGUGGUGUCGAUGGUCGAGGCCCAAUACCACCGACGGUCACCGAGGCCGGGGCUAUGGUACCCUGGCAGAUGAGAGCACACAAGAAGCGUGCCCAUUUUGAGGCCGCUGUUUACAGCACAACGUGGACUGGAGAUGUCCCUCACUCACCCAACAUCCACGCAUUAUCCCCUGUCAUUCCGGACAAAUUAGUCGAGCCGAGACACAUCUCGGACCAGGGUGAGAUAGAGAGGAGCUUCGCGUCCUAAGUCUGACGGCUCAGUUUGGGUCAGCGAACUACAAGGGGAUCGUCUUGUGCCGAUCUUCCCGUGGGAAGAUUUAUACCUCUUCUCUCGACGAAGGAAUUUGCCACCAAUCAACCUCGCUGUUGUGGGCUUGCACUGAGAGCACUAUCACGAUUCAUUUGCGGCUCAAGCCCCGUUAAGUUGGUUGGGCCUUUCCAGGGUCUUUUAAUUCGAUGAGGAAGACGAUAUGUAAGGUUGGCUAUUGUCAUCCGAUUGCUAAGCUCCGGCACGGCAGGCUUUCAUAUAUUGUUUUUUCCGUGAAUCGGUAAUGGCAGCAGG